CGUAACAUUCGCUGAACAACAAGCGAAGCGAAGAUGAAGCUACUGAGGUCUUCCUUGAUCCUGGCCGUGGCGUUUAGCCUGGCCACGGCAGAGGAGAAGGCGGAGAAGGACACUAAGGCUGAACCAAAAGCCGCAGAGGAAACAAAGAGACAAGACAAAAGAGGAUUGUCGGAGUACUAUGGUGACCACGGAGACUUUGGUGGCGGCGACUUCGGUGGAGACUCCUUCGGACAUGAUCUCGGAGGAUCCAUCGGUGGCGGCGAUGAGGGACAUGGACACGGCCAUGAGGAACACCAUGUACACAAAACCAUCACUGUAGUCAAGAAAGUUCCCGUGCCAUACCCCGUCGAGAAACACAUCCCCGUGCCAGUGGAAAAACACGUGCCCUACCCUGUCAAGGUGCACGUACCCCAGCCCUACCCCGUCGUCAAAACCGUCCACUUCCCAGUCAAAGAAUACAUCAAAGUACCCGAAUAUAUCCCUAAACCGUACCCCGUGACGAAACACGUGCCUGUUCCCGUGAAAGUUCACGUCGACAACCCCGUUCCAGUGAAAGUGUACGAACACGUCCCAUACCCCGUCGAGAAGCACGUGCCAUACCCGGUCAAAGUGCCCGUGCCUCACCCCUACCCUGUAGAGAAGAAAGUGCCGUUCCCCGUGAAAGUACCCGUCAAGGUGCCAGUACCAUACCCCGUUGAGAAAGUUAUCCACUACCCAGUAAAGGUUCACGUCGACAACCCCGUGCCCGUACAUGUCGAGAAGCCUGUACCUGUGCCGGUUGAGAAGCCCGUACCUUACCCCGUUGAGAAGCACGUGCCUUACCCAGUUAAGGUUCCAGUUGACAACCCAGUGCCAGUGCACGUCGACAAGCCAGUACCAGUCCCCGUCAAAGUACCUUACCCAGUCCCAUACCCAGUAGAGAAAGUUAUCCCCUACCCAGUAGAGAAGAAGGUGCCGUACCCAGUGAAGAUCCCCGUCGACAGGCCGAUCCCUGUACAUAUUGAAAAGCACGUGCCUUACCACGUGGAGAAGCACGUGCCUUACCCCGUGAAGGUGCAUGUGCCCAUUGUCCACCAUGAGCACCACGAGCAUCAUGAGGAGUCUCACCAUGAGUCGCACGGUGAGGGCGAAGGCCUCGGAGGCCUUGAGGGUGGCCAUGAAGGAGGCCUAGACGGAGGCUACGAGGGCGGUCUCGACGAGCACCACCACCACCAUUAAAAGAACUGAUCUCUUUAUUUUUUCUUUAGCUUUAAAGUGUUAUCUUGUUUAGUAAUUGUUUGUUUUUGAUAAUGUUUGUGACUGCUAUGUACCUGUGACGAU